AUGUCGAUCCAGGGAAAAGUCUACGCAAUAACCGGCGGUGCAAGUGGUAUCGGCUUCGCAACAGCUAAACUUCUUGUACAACGCGGGGCAAUCGUAAGCAUCGCCGAUGUUGACACCGCUGCCAUGUCAAGUGCUACGGCAUACUUCAAGGAACAAGGUGCCAUGGCAACGGUUUCUCGAGUCGACGUAUCACAGAGAUCCGAAGUAGAAAGCUGGCUGGACGACACUGUUGCGAAGCAUGGAAGACUCGAUGGCGCAGCUAACGUGGCUGGUAUAAUUGGCAAGCAUCACGGCCUUCGGGCUGUAGCAGACCUUGAAGAUGAGGAGUGGCAUAAGAUCAUUGCCGUGAACUUGACAGGAACGAUGUACUGCCUAAGAGCGCAACUUAACAGAAUAGUCGACGGAGGAUCCAUCGUCAAUGUGGCAUCCAUCCAUGGUACCAAGGGAUUCGCUAAACAUGGUGCUUAUGACGCCAGCAAACACGGCAUAGUUGGCUUGACAAAGGCUGCGGCAAAAGAAAACGGCCACCGCGAGGUGCGAGUCAAUGCUGUUGCUCCGGGCGCCAUCUACACACCCUUGAUGAAGAAAGCAUGGGAUCUGCACAACAGGGCAGAUGACGCCGAAUUUGAUGAACCGUCGGCUUUUCAACGUCAAGGCACAUCGGAAGAGUGCGCGAAUGUGAUAGCCUUCUUGCUCGGACCCGAGAGCACUUUUGUGAGUGGAAGCGUUUAUGAGGUGGACGGAGCUUGGAUAUAG